GAUAACCGAUGCUUGUGGAAGAAACCCUACGCGUGGGCCACGAGAGCUCGUUAUCCCAUUUGUACAGAUCUCUUGGUGGGAAUGUUCUGCUUCUUCAAACCACAGAUGAGUAAAGUUCAUCAGAGAGAUGAUUGGUAAGGUGACUGGCGUUGAUAAACCAACUUGGGUUGGAGGCUAUGAUACUGCAAAGGAGGGUGUGUGGCUGUGGAGCGAUGGUUCCAAGUUUGACUUCAAAGGCUGGUCUGCAGGGGACAGCAACUCUGGCGGAAAAGAAAACUGUAUGGAUAUUAACAAUGGAGGAAGAGAUUAUAUCAACGAUGUCAGCUGUGAUAUGAGAAUAUCUUUUGUUUGUGGCAUGCGCCUGUGAAGAUCUAUGCCAUGUGCUGCCAUAUGCCCACUGAUGAGGGCUAUCACAACCCUACUGAUGUCACAGUUUUGAUAUAUUU